UGUGUUAUUAACCCUUAAAUUCAUAAAUCCUUAUUUUUACUCUUUGUCUCUUUUCUCUCUGUUUUUACCAUCUCUCUGUUUUUAUAUCUUUCUGUUUUUUUCUUUGAAAUCAUGGCAGAAGAAAUUUCAUCAGAGUUGAACUCACUCUCAAUCUCCGAAACUGCACCAUCAUCAUCUGCAACGAUCUCUCUCGUUUCCGCAGAUGACAUUGUUUUCAAAGUCCAGCCAUCCAUUGCAAAGGAGAUGGAAACCGUCCAGUCCUUCAUCGACGAAGCCGACGGCCAAAUCACAACUAUUCCUCUCCCCAACAUCUCCAGCCACGACCUUCCCUACAUAAUCGAAUACUGCGAGAAGAGUCUCGCCGGAAAAGUCACAAAGGAGUUCGAAGGCGAGUUCGUGAAGAAGCUGAAUAAUGAAGAGGUGAAAGAGCUUUUCCUUGCUGCAAAUUAUUUGAACAUCAAAAAGCUUCUAGAGUUUCUGAGCCAGGUCAUUGCUGAUCGAAUUGCGAACAAGAGUGUGGAAUAUGUUAGAAGGUAUUUCGGAAUUGAGAAUGAUUAUACGCCGGAGGAAGAGGCUAAGCUUCGUGAAGAACUGGCCUGGACUUUUACCGGAGUUGAUCCAGAUGAUGAAGAUGAUAAUUAGGAAUUAGGGUUUAGGGAUUGGGAUGAGAAUUAGUAAUUAUGGUUUUGGGAUUUAUUUUGCAAUGUUAAAUUAUGUAAUUGAAAUUACAAAUUUUAUUUUGCCUUAAUAAUAUAUAAUCUGAGAGUUUGCUUUUUA